CCCCUGUUUCUUUUUGUGUCAGCUAAGUGACAGAGGAAAAGCUGAGCAAAGGUUAGGGGAAGAGAGGAAAAAUUAAAGAAGAUGAAGAAAAUAUUUUCCAACAAGAUCAAGAAAGAGGAGCUCAAGGCUGGAGAUCACAUUUACACAUGGCGACUCGGCUAUCUCUACGCACAUCAUGGGAUAUAUGUUGAUGAUGGAGAAGUGAUCCAUUUCACCCCGACAGCUGGUCGGGAGAUAGGAACAGGAACAGUCCUCGAUCGUUACAUCUUUAGCUCAUCUCUCUCUCGUCGCCCUGUAUCCCACUGUCCAACAUGUGGUGAUCGACCAAGGAAUGAUGGGGUCAUCUCUUCAUGCCUUGAAUGCUUCCUCUCUGGUGGUAAACUAUAUCGUUUUCAAUAUGGUGUAUCGCCAGGUUUCUUUCUUGCCCAAGUGCGAGGAACAUGCACCUUUGCUCGUUCUGAUUCCCAAGAGGAUGUCCUCCUCCGCGCUGAAAUUCUUCUUGGUAACGGUUUUGGAAAUUACAACCUUUUCAAGAACAACUGUGAGGAUUUUGCAAUCUACUGCAAGACGGGUUAUCUGCUCCUGAGAAAUGUGGGCAUAGGGCGCAGUGGUCAGGCAGCGUCAUUGGCUGCAGCAGCUAGUGCUUUCGCUUCAUCACCAGUUCGCCUUAUGCCUACGACUGGUCUUGCAGCUGUUGGUUGGGGAAUUUACUGUGCUAAUAGGUUUUUUUCUGAUAUUGGAGUCCACAGGGAUGUGAUGAAAAUACCUGCAGAGAGGCUUGUUUCCCGUGAUCGCCUUAUAAGCAUCUGAAUCUGCAUUACUCAAAAUGGCUUUUUGGGACCAAAUCUUGAAUUUAUUUAAGCAAGAAUUAUUGACAUGGGAUAGCCCGUAUGAUGUAUAUCUCACUAUUCUUUUUCAUUCGUGAGAUACUGCUUAUUAUCAAACACCUUCCUGUGAUUCUUUCCUUUC